AAAUAGUCAGCCGAACGUUGGACACGAAGUGAUUUGUCAGACCUGGACGGUGUUUUGGAGACCGCGGUGACAAGUGAACAUCUUUGAAACAGACUUUUUGCAUUCAAUUUGGUUUCGUUUAAAAAUGAAGGGAUUUUUCAUUUUGGCGACACUGACACUUGUGUACCCUCGCUGGAAUUAUGCCUCUCUCAUUUUGCAGGGACCGCAGGUGCCAGUUGAGGAAGGGGAUUACUUGUCUCUGGAAUGUCAGUCUGACUUGGAUUCCAACAUGACUGACGUCCACUUUGAGAAGUUUUCCAAGCACAUGCAGAAGUGGUUCCGCCUGGAGCCGUACGCUUAUGGGAGGUACCGGUUUUGCUCUUACUAUGACAUGGAGGUGAGUCGAGAACAGGGAAGCCUGUCUCUGAGCUUCAGCCACAUCCAGAGCUACAUGGAGGGCAGCUAUCGCUGUGUGAGCAACAACGCUGCCAACCCCGAAAACUCCUCCCUGCCCGUCUACAUACCUGUGCACUAUAUGCGUGAAAUCACAGUCUACAAAGAGGGUGUCAACGCUGUCAGCCGCUACUUUCAACGGCUGGACCUCAGAGUGCGAGUAGGGGAGGAUGUGGAGCUGAACUGCAACGUCUCGGCCUCCAUGGACCCUCAGAUCACCUGGAUGAAAGAGGGGGAGGACUGGCUGGUGCUCUCCAGCAAGCUGAAGCUGAAGAACGUGAGGGUGGAGGACAGCGGGAGCUACACCUGUGUGGCCCAGCACCCCUCCAUCUCCUCCCUGAAGAGGAGCCGUACCGUCAAUGUCACGGUGCUGCCAGAAGAUGCCCCCUGGUAUGACACCACCGAGGGCCGUCUCACAUUGAUGAUCUCAGCGUCUGGGGUGGGGCUACUGCUGCUGAUCAUGUCUGUGUCCAUCUGUCUGUGCCGGAGAGCCUCAGGGAGGAAGAGGAAGGGGCCCAUUGACGACCGCUCCCAGAAGAAGCCCGUCUACAUGGUCAGCACGGAGUCUCUGCCGUCCAACAACGGGGACAAACAGCCUCUGGUCUGAGGGAGGAGAAGAGGGGAGGAUGGUUAUAGAGAGAGGGAAAGAGGAGAGAGGUGGGAAGGGGGAUGACGAGAGAAAACGUUGAAAAGGGCUAGCACGGAAAGGCGGAAUAGAAAGGGGGGGCAUGGGCAUUGAGACGCAGGGUCAAUUCGCUGCAUACCAGAUGAACGGUACAGAGACAAGAAGAAAGGAUAAAAGAUUACAAGAGUGAGAACGAUAAAUGCUUUUUUUAUGAGAGUAAUCCAUUCCAAGAGGCUGACAAAAAUGUCCUUUAACAAAAGGUGUGUAAUUUUCUCGGUAUCGAUCUAACAACUCAAAGAUGAGAUUCACAUUCAGAUGAAAUGAAGGGAGGCAGGAAUUCACCAUGCAACUGCUCAGCAGGCUCACCCUGAUAUAUCUGCCCAUUACUCCCCAUUCUUAAAAGUGCAUGGCCAUGGAAAAAUAACCUUACUUUUCUGUCACAAAAUAUAAGUGUACUGCUUUAUCGGUUCAAUCAUUCUGUAGGCAUGAUCUGUGUCUCUUGCGCUGUUGGCAAAUCAAUUAAGUACAUCGAGGAGACACUGAUCGUGUGCUCCGUGUUAGUGUAGCAUAUUUCCAAACGGUGUCAUUAAGAGUUCUAUUGAUUUAUUUUUUAACUUUGCACUGAGAAUAUAUUUUCUGUACUAUUAUUAAUAUAGCUUAUUUUCUGUACCUUUUUCAUGUGCACUUCAUAUUAAAAAAAGUUUGUACGUUCCUCA